AUGCCACACUACAAGCUCAUGUAUUUCAAUCUGAGAGGAAGAGCAGAAAUCAUUCGCUAUCUGUUUGCCUAUUCAGGCAUAAAGUACGAGGACCACAGGAUAGAACAAGUUGACUGGCCCAAAAUCAAACCAACUAUCCCAUUUGGAAAAAUCCCCAUUUUAGAAGUGGAUGGAGUUACCCUUCAUCAGAGCCUGGCCAUAGCCAGAUACCUAGCCAAAGAAACAGGUCUGGCCGGUCAGACACCUCUGGAACAAGCUCUGGUUGAUGCCAUUGUGGACACCAUUGAUGACUUCAUGUCAAUGUUUCCCUGGGGAGAGAAAAAUCAGGAUGUGAAACAACAGAUAUUUAAUGACCUCCUCACUAAUACAGCUCCUGGGCUACUACGAGAUUUGGACAGUUUCUUAGGGGAUAAUAAGUGGCUGGUUGGGAAAUCUGUAACCUGGGCUGAUUUCUACUGGGAUGUGUGUAGUACAACACUUCGGUUCCUUAAGCCUGGCCUGGCAGACAACUACCCUAAACUUUUGGCUCUGAAAGAGAGAGUACAAGCCCUUCCUGCUAUUGCAGACUGGAUUCAGCAAAGACCAAAGACUACACUGUAG